UCCAAAAAAAGAAUUUACGAAGAAAAUCUGGACAAGCAAAGAAUCAACCUCACAAAAAGUUUUUGCCAGCCAAUUAGCUUCGAAACUUCUCAUUUGUACCACGUAAAUAAUCAAACAAACUUCAUAAAUUGUGGUUUAUGGUAGGCAAAGGCAACAUCUACAUUUUGUUCAUCUUGCUGAUCAUGGCUGAAAUUCUGUUCGAUCUCGCUACUGAAAUUUUGAAAAGCAUGGGUUCUCUUGCUGCUGAAGAAGUAACAUCUAUUUACGGGCUAGCCGAUGAGCUAGACAAGCUUUCUGAUACAGUUUCUUCCAUCCAAGCCGUACUCAUUGAUGCAGAGGCGCAGCAGUAGCAACCUGGUUAGGGACUGGAUAAAAAGGCUUAAGAAAGUGUUCUUUGAAGCUGAUGAUCUCUUGGAUGAUGUCGCCACUGAAGUUAAGCAUCGAAAAUUGUUUAAUAAGGUUGGUAUCUUCUUCUCAAAAUCAAAUCCUAUAAUUUAUAACUGUAAGAUAAGUCACCGUCUCAAGUCUAUUCGAUGAGACCUAGAUGUAAUUGCAAAAGAUAAGGCCUCCUUAAACCUAGUUGAAAGGAGGCAGCAACCUUUGCUUCCAGAGCCUUAUUCAGUCCAAUUGAAUUUGGAUAGAGAGACUUAUUCAUUUGUGCCUGAUGGAGAAGUGAUUGGAAGGAGUGAUGAUAAAAACAAAAUUGUGAAUUUUCUUUUGGAUUCUAAGGUUGAAGAGAAUGUUGUGGUCAUAUCAAAUGUUGGUCUUGGGGGACUAGGAAAGACCACUCUUGCACAAUGUGUGUUCAGUGAUGAAAUAAUUAAAAAGAACUUCGAUAAAGCAUUGUGGGUUUGUGUUUCGGACGUAUUUGAAGUGAAAAUGAUUGCAGAAAAAAUUGCUGAAUCUGGGGGAGGGAAGAAGGAUAAGUACCCUCAACUAGAUGCGGUGCAAAACGAGCUUAGGAAAAUGCUUGAUGGAAAGAAGUAUUUUCUAGUGCUCGAUGAUGUGUGGAACGAAGAUCCUUUGAAAUGGUCGAGACUGAAGAAUAUGUUGAUUAGUGGAGCCAAAGGAAGUAAGAUUUUACUUACUACUCGUUCAGACGUGGUGGUCAAAGUUUCAGGAAGUGUUCAUAAACAUAAAUUGGGAGACCUUUCAGAGGAAGAAGCAUGAACAUUGUUUGAAAAAAUGGCAUUUGGAUGUAACAAAGAGAGCAAAAAUUCUAAUUUGGUGGAAAUAGAAAAGGAAAUUGUGAGAAAGUGUGGAGGAGUUCCUCUUGCAAUAAGGUCAGUAGGAAGCCUACAAUACCUCAAAAGAACGGAGGAUGAGUGGAUGUAUUUCAAGAAUCAAGAUUUGUCAAAUAUCACAUGAGGAGGAAAUGAUCUAAUGGCCAUUUUGAGAUUGAGCUAUAAUUACCUUCCUCGACAUUUAAAGAUAUGCUUCGCAUAUUGUUCCCUCUAUCCAAAGGAUUUUGAAAUUCAGAGAUUUGAUUUGGUUGAUAUGUGGAAUGCUCAAGGCUUUAUUCAAUCAACUACUAGCAACAGAGAUAAUGUGGAGGAUGUUGCAAAUUCAUAUUUUGUGGAUUUGUUGUCAUUCUUUCAAGAAACUGAAGAGCAUGAAUCGUUUAUGCAAUUUUACAAAAUGCACGACCUUAUUCAUGAUCUCUCAAAAGAAUUUGCAGAUGGGGAGUUCUUUAGCAUCAUUAAACCAGAAGAUAUAAAGAUUGUCCCUGAUCAAAGUCUCCAUGCUUCUUUUUUAUUAUGGAUUAAUGGUUCAUCAGCAUUUCCCAAUUCAUUCUAUAGGAAGCAUAUGAAGUUGAGCACAUUUAGUUACCUAAAUAGUUAUUCAAUGAGUGUCAUGAGCAAUUCAACUUUAGAGAGAAUGAUUUCAAGUUUUUCACGCUUGCGCGUCCUACAUCUAGGUCAUCUGGGUAUAGAGUUUCUGCCUCAAUCUUUAGGAGUACUGAAGCAUCUAAGAUAUCUCUCUAUUUCUUCUUUGAGCAUUGUUACUUUACCAAAUACCAUAACAAAAUUGCAUAAUCUACAAAUUCUGAAGUUGGCUGAUUGCCGUAGACUCCAAAAUUUGCCAAGAGAUAAUUGGAGAUUGGUGAGCCUUCGACGUUUGUUAUGUCAAGGGUGUUGGUCAUUAACCCAUAUUCCGCCAUCAGUUGACAAGUCUCGUGCAUUUGGAUUUUGAUGGUUGCUCAUCCCUAGAAGAUAUGCCAGCUGAAAUUGGUCAAGUGACGUCUCUACGGACGUUGCCAAGUUUUAUCAUAGGGAAAGAAAGUUGCAUAUCUGGUCAGGCAAGUGACAAGUUAAAUGAACUAAAAGGCCUUGUUGAUCUCAGAAAUAGCUUAAGCAUUAAAUUCAUGGGACGAGUCGGUGCAAUUGGAGAAAGAACACCGAAAGGUGUAGUGAAAAGGAUGAAGCAUCUCCGACAGCUAAAUGUAGACUUUGAAUAUGGAUAUCACAGGGAUGUCGAUACUGGAGCUCAUCUGAUGAUGUUGGAAGCCCUGCAGCCUCACCAAAACAUUGAAGGAUUGCGAAUAAAAGAUUACAAUGGGUUGAGGUUUCCAAGUUGGUUGAUGGUUGAGAAUCUUGGCCUUUUGCUGCCCAAGCUUGUUGAUCUACAUAUAGAAGAUUGCCAUAAAUGCCAAAAGCUUCCACCGCUAUGGAAACUGCCUUCUCUCCAAAGUCUUGAACCGCGGAAUCUGGGCGGACUUGAAGGUUAUGAUGAUAAAUUCAUGCAACCAUCAAAGACUCCUGAACGCUACUACUUCUCUUCCUUAAAACAACUUGAACUGAAAGGAAUAAGUGAGAAGAUAUCGAAGCAAAUCCUUUGCCCAUCACUUCAUCAUCCUUCUCCUCUUUGCAACUUGAAAGAGUUGACUGUAGAUUCUGUUGAAGGCCUAGCAACUAUGUCAGAGGAUGUGUUCAAGAAUCUCAUGUCGCUUCAAUCUUUGUCUAUUAAAAACUGCGAAAAUCUGAUCUCUCUAUCCACAUGUCUAACUCAUCUCACUUCUCUGGAGACUUUAACUAUAGCGUAUUGCCCUGAGCUCGACUUGUCCAACGAAGAGGAAAUGCAAUUUCAAGUCCUGGGGAACUUAUCAACUCUCAAUCUUUGGGAGCUUGACAAGCUAAUGUCACUUCCACUUUGGCUUCGACAUUUCUGCUACUUUGAAAUCAUUAUACAUUAGUGGAUGUCCUAACUUCACAACAAUUCCAGAAUGGAUAGGUGACCUCGUUGCCCUUAAUUUGUUGGAGAUUUAUGAAUGUCCUAUGUUGACUUCCUUGACAGAAGCCAUGCGAUCUCUCACAGCAUUGCAAAGGCUAAAUAUUUUAUGGUGUUCAUCAAUCCUGAAGCGAAGAUGCGAGAAGCAAAUAGGAGAGGAUUGACCUAAGAUUGCUCACAUCCCAACUGUGUUGACAUGGGAGGUUCCAAACUCGGAUGGAUUUACAGGAGAGCUUAAAGAAAAAUGUUGAUGUUUCAACUGUGUUUUUGGGAGUCAGUUAAAAGUUGAUAAUUCAGCAGAACUGCUUUGCGGCUUCCAUUUUCAUGAUUCUCUAUUGAAGUAAAGUGGAUACUGCUUUUGACAUUUUCUUCAUUUCUCUGUUUGCUAUUUAAUUUCAUGACGAGUUUAUAUAGUACUAGUUUUGCUGAUUCUUUAGUUUUCACCUUGAUGUUUGUUGAGGAGUAACGUAUAGCUGUAUAUACUAGUACUAUUAUUAUACACAUAAGACAAGUUGAGUCAUAUAUUGCUCGUCUCUUGUGUUGGUGUAAUAUACGACAAUUACAAUAAAUAGUUGAAAAAAUAAAAUCAACAAAAAUGAAGAAGAUAAAAUAAUAUUCUUUUCA